AAUCAAUCCAUAACGGAUAAGAUACUAAAGAACUAACCUUCCUCUCAUUCCAAUUGACAUUCGCUCGUCCCUUUUCGUCUCUGAGAAUGGCUUCAAUCAGUUACUCCUACGUUUCCUUUCUUUACCCUUCCAAUUCACUAAAUCCAAACAAACCAUUCGCCUUCCUUCCAAAACUUCCCAACCCGAACCCAUUCCCCUCCUUUCGGAGCUCCAAACUCGGAGCCGCAAACUCGGCUCCGGUCCAAGAAGAACAUCACAUGAGCAUCGAUGAUCUCUACCGGUUUUUCGACCUUAAUUUGGGCAAAUGGACGGGUUCUUUCCAUCAAUUUGAUGGGAGUGGAAAUUUGUUGCAAAAAAUAAAUACGAGGCUUUCGGCUAGUUCCUAUGGAGAAGAUGAACUCAUCAGUCUCAUUCAAACGUUGUACAUUGAGCAGCCUCAAUCAAGUACUUCAAUUUCUGGACAUGAUGAGGAAGCUGAAUGGGCAGAAUACAAAAUAAAAGAAACAAAUAUGUUCACCGUGGACAAAAAUCAACAGAUUUGCUUUUUUCCCAAAGAGAGGGCUUUCUCAUUAAGGUACCAGACUGCUGGCAUGUUAGAGACUGUGUUAAGACAAGGGGUGUUGGGAGAAGAUGACACAGGAGACGAAUCACCAAAAAAUCUUAAGCUUCCUUCUCGUUCGCCUUCCAUUGUUUGUGAAAAUUGCCUAUAUUCACAAGAGAAGGACAGACGAGCGAGAGCAUUUCAUAUCAUGGAUCCAAGAGGCUUUGUGGAUAUGCUUGUCAUCUUCCUUGAGGAUAGAGGUGAUAGGCCACUUGUUUACCCAUCGCUUGGCAAUAUGAUGGAUGGACAGGACCGGAUUUUACCAUUUCUUGGCAAGUGGGAAGGUCAUUCUGUAACAAAGCGCAGUGGUGUUUAUGGAUCCACGAGGGCAGAAGCUGAUACAGUUGUAUUACUGGAAAUGGAUGACAAGCAUAAGUUCAUCCAGGAUGUUACUUCCUUGCAUGGCGGACAAGAUGUAAGGACUAACGUACGUUGGACGGGUACGAUCUCAAAUAACUCAGUUGAAUUCGAAGGGGCAUAUCAGCUGGCACUAUUACCUGGUGGUAUGUAUAUGGGAUACCCUUCUGAUAUUGCAAAGAGUGUAGCUGAAUCCAAGUCAUUCCAUUUGGAGUUCUGUUGGCUCGAGGCUCCUGGCAAGAGACAGAGACUGGUUCGAACUUAUGAUGCAGAGGGGUUGGUUGUCUCAUCAACUUAUUUUUCCGAGGUUAGAGUGUGAGUCCCUCCUACAUGACUGCCUGCAUAUAUCAUUCCCUAUUCUCAAUGUGGAAUUCUUCUCUCAGCACCUAAAUUCUUUGUGAUGAAGUUAGGGUUUUGAUUUAAUAUAAAUGAAAGCAAGGAAAAGAGGGUUCAUUGUUGUAAUUGGUAAAAUAGGUAAAUAUUUUCUAAUUUAUUGCUGCAUUCCUUUUAAAGUCAGUGAAAGGAUUAAGUUUCCAUUAUCUCUCUCUCUCUCUCUAACCUUUAACAUUUAAAUCUAAACCUAUAUUGAAAUUAGUUUAUUGAGUUGUUUAUAAAUAUAGAUUUAUUCUGGUUGUGGCCUGCUCUGUUUUGUGUGGAUGAAUAUUGUCCAUUAUACCAAAAAAAAAAAAAAAUCACCAAGCAUAUGCAGAUAAUUAGCCAAAGUACAUGGAUGC